CAAUCACGUUGCACCUCCUAACCCAAAAUUCCCAGUUAUCAAUGGGACGCCCGCCGGAAAGGCGGAGAAACAGACUCUAUGUCUGACCACAUACCCCAUAUCCGCGAUGAGCUGCGACGAAGCUUUUUCAGUGGAAAACUCAAAUCUGUCGCUUUUCGCAAGGAGCAGCUUCUGGCGCUGGCGUAUCUGUUGCAGGAGAACCAAGCCCGUUUCCAAGAGGCCAUGCAACGUGAUCUAGGCCGUCCCCCGCUCGAGACGUCACUGUUGGAUUUGAACGGAUCUAUACGUGAAGCCUUUUCCUGCUACAAGCGCGUCGAGAAAUGGGCCAAGGAAGAGUCACCGAUAUUCAACCUGGCGACGUGGGCAAUAAGCCCUAGAUUGAGGAAGGAAGCGAAGGGCGUCGUUCUCAUCAUUGGGCCCUUCAACUUUCCAAUAUGGUGUCUUUUCAGCCCCCUGGCUGCUGCUAUCGCAGCUGGAAAUGCUGCCGUCCUCAAACCUUCGUCACACACCCCUGUCACCAGCGCACUCAUUGCUGAGCUUAUUCCCAAGUACCUCGAUCCGUCCCUAUAUCGCGUCGUGCUCGGAGAUAACGCCGAAGUUUCCGCGUUGCUGGAUCUCCAAUGGGAUCACAUAUUCCUCACAGGCGGACCUAACGCUGGCAGGGUUAUUGCUACCGCCGCCGCCAAAUAUCUCACGCCUAUCACACUUGAGCUCGGUGGUAAAUCUCCUGUCAUCGUUGACCCUUCUUGUGACCUCGAAACGUCAUGUCGACGUCUCCUGUGGGCCAAAACUAGUAAUGCGGGCCAAAUCUGCACGGGUCCCGACUACGUACUCGUCCCCAAACAUUUUCAAGAUGAGUUUAUCGAAGCGAUGAGCGUACAGUAUGCGAACUUUUACCCUAAUGGGCCCGCGGCGUCAGAUUCGUUCUCACGAAUUGUCGGGCCGAGACACUUUGCCAGGAUCAAGGCGUUGCUAGACGCGACCAAGGGCGAGGUGGCGCUCGGAGGUGAGAUGGAUUCGGCUACGAACUACGUCGCCCCGACGGUUGUGAGGGACGUACGCGAGGGUGAUUCCCUUCUAUCGGAAGAACUCUUCGCGCCGAUCUUGCCGGUAGUACCAGUAGAGGAUCUAGACGAAGCAAUUGCGUACAUCAGAGCAAGAGAUCACCCGCUUGCGUUGUAUCUCUUCGCUCAAGACGAAGCUGUCAAGCGUAGGGUCAUCAACAGUACCCUAUCGGGGUCUGUCGGCAUCAACGAUUGCUUGCUUCAAGUAUCAGCCGAGGGCCUUCCUUUUGGCGGCGUGGGCCCGUCGGGAUACGGCGCCCACAAGGGCAAGUUCGGGUUCGACACCUUUACACAUCUCCGUCCGGUCAUCGACUCACCUUGGUACGUUGACCUGUUCAUGUCGUUGCGGUUCCCGCCGUAUUCUGUAUGUCUACCCCCCCCUCAUGUCGCACCUGUCGAUGACUCUUAAACUUUUGUGUAGACGAAAAAUUUACAAAAGAUUAAUGUCGCCAUGUUGCCUACCUUGCCCAACUGGAAAGGGGCCGGGAAGAACGUGGUGCUGACGACUUCGGCGGCGCCCGUCCCCCCAAAUGUGAAUGCGAGGGGAAACUUGUGGAGCGGCGAAGCUGUGG